AUGUUCAUGGGCGCGUGGAGGACACGAAUGGUGAUGAGGAUGGCGGCGGCCAAGCGCCCAGUUCCCCGUCGCGCGUGUUUGUCGUCCAGCACUGACGGAACGGGCACUGAAGCGGAGCAGGCGAUGCACGUGGCACUGCAGCAACAGCUGAAGGCGGAGCACGUCAAAGUGACGGACGUGUCGGGUGGCUGCGGCUCUAUGUUUGACGUGGAAGUUGUGUCGGCGCAGUUCGCGGGGCAGUCGCGGGUCAAACAGCACCGGAUGGUCAACGAGGUUCUGAAGAACGAGAUCAAGAACAUGCACGGGUUGACGAUCCGGACCAUGACGCCCGAGCAGUUCCGUAGUUCCUAA